CAAUACGAAAAAAUAUAAUCACCGGCGAGGCGGCCAAGUAGCAAAAUUUCGGCCUGAAACUGCGACGGGUAAAAGCGAAGUGAAGUCCGGAGCCAGGACAAAAAGAAGAAGAGAAAGCGGGAAGAAGAAAGAAGAAAAAAAUUAAGGCGGUUUUCGUGUCAUUAAGAUUGUGAGACGAGGAUUCAGCAGAGAAGUUGUCUGAGGGCAUUUAGACAAGUUUAGUGUAGGUUAGUUUUCUGGUCCAGCUCGAGUUUGUGCUCUGGAAGCACAGCAGUAGCCAGCGGCUUUUUUUAAUUUGAACUUUUAAAUCCACGUUAAACCCGGAGUGUGAGGAGGACCGGCGGGGAGAAGAGGUGACAUUUCCUCAGUUGCGAAGCAGACGUCAGCCCGAGCGCGUGCCUACCCGAGUGUACACACUCCACGAUGGAGGGAGACAAGAAGGUGACCUUCCAGCUGAUGCUGGCUGUGGGAACGGCUGUGAUCGGCUCUCUUCAGUUCGGCUAUAACACAGGUGUCAUCAAUGCACCUCAGAAGAUCAUUGAGAGCUUCUACAAUGAGACAUGGUUUGACCGGUAUAAGGAGCCCAUCACUGAAACCGCCCUCACAUCAUUGUGGUCUAUCUCAGUGGCCAUCUUCUCUGUGGGAGGAAUCUUUGGCUCCUUCUCUGUUGGACUUUUCGUCAAUCGUUUUGGAAGGAAGAACUCAAUGCUCUUUGCCAAUAUUCUAGCCUUCAUUUCAGCAGCACUGAUGGGUUUCUCUAAGAUGGGGGCUUCAUGGGAAAUGCUGAUUAUUGGACGGUUUGUGGUGGGACUCUACUCUGGUCUCUCCACUGGCUUCGUGCCCAUGUAUGUGGGUGAGGUGGCCCCAACCGCUCUCCGAGGAGCCUUGGGCACUCUGCAUCAGCUAGGCAUUGUCAUUGGCAUCCUUGUGGCCCAGGUGUUCGGCCUGGAUAUGAUCAUGGGCAACGCUGCUCUUUGGCCUUUCCUGCUGAGCUUCACCUUCAUCCCAGCCCUACUGCAGUGCGUCCUGCUGCCCAUGUGCCCUGAGAGCCCCCGCUAUCUCCUCAUUAACCGCAACGAGGAGAGCAAAGCAAAAUCAGUGUUGAAAAAGCUGCGUGGGACCACAGAUGUGAGUGCGGACAUGCAGGAGAUGAAGGAGGAGAGCAGGCAGAUGAUGAGCGAAAAGAAAGUGACCAUUGCAGAGUUGUUCCGCUCCCCAAUCUACCGCCAGCCUUUGGUCAUUGCCAUUGUACUGCAGCUGUCCCAGCAGCUGUCUGGCAUCAAUGCUGUGUUCUACUACUCAACUUCAAUCUUUGCGAAAGCUGGAGUGGAGCAGCCUGUCUAUGCAACUAUCGGAGCCGGAGUUGUCAAUACUGCUUUCACUGUGGUGUCGUUGUUUUUAGUGGAGAGAGCUGGGCGCAGGUCUCUGCAUCUAAUAGGUCUCCUUGGCAUGGCUGCAUCUGCUAUUCUGAUGACAAUAGCCCUAGCCCUCCUGACCCAGGUGGAGUGGAUGUCAUAUGUGAGCAUUGUUGCUAUUUUCGCCUUUGUGGCUUUCUUUGAAAUUGGGCCAGGUCCAAUUCCCUGGUUCAUCGUGGCAGAGCUGUUCAGUCAAGGUCCCCGGCCUUCUGCUUUUGCCAUCGCUGGGUUCUCCAACUGGACAGCCAACUUUAUUGUGGGAAUGUGCUUCCAGUAUGUGGAGCGUCUUUGCGGCCCAUACGUCUUCAUCAUCUUCACCAUACUGUUAGUGAUCUUCUUCAUAUUCACGUACUUCAAGGUUCCUGAGACAAAGGGGCGGACAUUUGACGAGAUCUCCGCCGGUUUCUCCCAGCAAGCAGCCGCAAGGGCGGGGAAACAUUCGCCUGAGGAGCUCAACAGUCUGGGGGCUGAUUCUCAGCUCUGAACCCUGCCUCCAAGCCCAUCUCCUUCAUUCCCUGGCACUCAUUUACAAAACUACUGAGAGAGGGGAGCGCUGACGGUCAAUUAAACACAUUUUCCUUCUCCUGACUGCACCUGCCUCGCAGGUUUGCAGUGCUUCAGUGCUUCUGCGCCCCCUUUCCAUGCAGAGACAAUUUGAGCGUUGGGAUAUACUGAAAGGUGGGAAGUAGGCUGGGAAGAAGUUAUGAGAUUUUCUUUUAGACAAGAGAAUGUUGUCAGCCUUGUUUUAUGUGUACAUGAAUGCGUCUUUUAUUUUUUCACUUUUAUGUCUGUUACUUUGUGCAAAUUCAUGUUUUUAAAUGCGGUUAGUCGUUCCUGGUCUCUCAAGCUGCAAUGCCACCAACUUAAUUUUAACAAAGACUUUUGGCUUCCAUCAUGAUAAUUUUAAACCGUUUUAAAUUUCAAGUAUUUUUCUCUAGUGGUCAGCAAGUCUGGAAGUCUUUUAUGCUUUCGUUUCUCACUCGGAGCUCGAUAUAAGACUACAUUGUUAUUUUUAUUUUUCUUUAUCUUGCAUGUCAGUUUAGCUCACCUGAAAGCUCUAUUUAUUGCACAAAUUAUUUUUGUAUACUACAGGAUAAAUUGGACAAAUUUUUAUUCAAGGAUGAAUUUUAAAAAGCUGUUUUACUCAUACAUUUAGAAAGGUAUUUACAUUUUUACAAAUAGUUUCAUUUGCUGUCUCCAAAAACAAAAAAUUCUUUGGCGUGCACUGAGAAAAAAGAGAACAUUUCCAAAUGAUUGAGAUCAAUUCUUUCAUGGUAUGUCAGCAAUAUUACACAAUACCACAGUACAAGAGAACGCACACUGUAUAGUUCAUAAGGAAUUUAGCAAGGGUGAACUUUAUCAUCAAUACAUAACCAACAAAUAAAUUUAGUACUAAUGAACUCCACACUGAUUCUAGAGGAAUAGUUAAAUAUUGAGGCAAUACAGGAUGUACAUGCAAGCAGACCUACACAUACUUUAGUUCACUGGAAUCAGCAUGUUGACAACUCUAGAAUUCCUUCUUUUUAUGGUUUAUGGCUUUAGAAACAGGCCAUCUGAGGCUUUAGGCCUGCCUAGCCGUGACUAUGUUCCCAUAAACUCAAAUCCACCCAGAUAAAAAAUGAAAUAUAUUGCAUUAUUAUCAAAUCAGAAUCAACUUUGAUCAGAAUCAUAGAAUCAGGAGCUGGAUGUAGUCACAUGCUGAUGACAUCUGUCUGGUGUUCGCGAAUCCAAGACAGCUUUUUCUAUGCAGAUACUGAUCGUUGUAGUAUAAUGCUCUCUAUCUGUGUGGGGUUUUUAUACUGUACCUGCUUUCUGAAACCUGCUGUAUGAGCUCAGUUGUUCGGUCUUUUUCUGCAGCACUUUAUCACACAUAUACCUUCUGUAAUCUUCUUAAUCACACCUAAUAGCACCUGCAUUCUCAAGGUUUGUUAGAAAGCAAAAAAAAUCCCAGUUGUUACUGUAGAAAGACUGAAAUACGAUGACGUUAUCGCUUUCGGCAUGACGUCACACGCGACUGCAUGCGCCCAUCCCCUGCCUCGUAACACUCAUUAUUUUUGAUGCGUAUGGUUUCAGGCAU